AGACUUCGUAAAAGAAGUUCAAUUUGUUCUUGUGAAGUUCUGAUAACUCAUUUUUGGCCAGGGCUUCUAUUUUGAUUUGUCACGUAACAAGUCUUCAUUCAGAACGUUUGAUGAUUGUUUCUGUUAUUUUUCUCUCAAUCCUCGGAAUCGUAAAACACAGCUAUCAAUCCUAGUCGGGUACUGCUUACAUCAUCAAGAACAUCAGCAUCGUCAUCGCUUGCCUGGUCCGAUUCGUGUGCAAUUGGUGAAGCCUGACAUCAACUGGCAUCGAGAAGCUUGAUCCAGUACUAGAAGCACUAACUAUGGGAGAAGAACAAGGUAAAAAUGUGGGAGAUGGUGCAGCCAAGUCGUCAUCGUCUUCUUCUAGUACUUCCGGAAAAAGUUCUUCAUCUAGGUACUCCCCGAUUAUGAGGAAACAACUUAUUUGGACAGACAUGUAGAAGUAAGUACAACCAGGAGUCGGAGGAGUUUCUUGUUGAAUUCAUAGUAAUAACUAGGACUUUCUUGUUGAUUGCCAUGUGCGAUGAAACUGUUUCUGCGUCGAAGAUUCAGGUUGUCUACAUUUGAUGUAUUUCGUAUUAGCAGUUUUAUCUGUGUUGAUUCGUAUCUUCUAUACACUAGCCUCCACAAGCUUCGCCCGGCUUCAAGUUAGUUAAGCACUUUACUGCAGCCUGCCACGGGCUACAGCCGCUAGAGUAGAGACAGCCCGCGGGUGAGCUGUUGCACCCUACGAAUUAACUACGACAAGAGCCGGGCGCCGACGGUGGCCGACUCAGAUCGAUGCGUCGACUCACGUGCAGGGCAUUGCGCUGCCUUCGGUUUUUUUAUGAGAUUGCCGGGAGGGUCCUGCAAAUUCUUAAGAAUUUGCAAGACCCCCACGGCAGUCCAACGAAAAAACCAGAAGAGGGCCACCAGACACGCGCAAGAAUCCGCAAGCCCCAACGCACGCAAACGCCUCGCGGUGGCGCCAGGCAAGGACGGGCGGCGGCUUUAGCGGGCCAAACAAGACAAAGCAUAAGCAACGCAGGGCCGCGCUGCUCGGGUCUCUCUACGCGCUUACACCUGGCGAGGCUUCUUUGUUUCGUCGGAUGUCUCUCGUCAGAAACAGACGGGCGCACUUCGCGGGGGCGUGGGGCGUCGCGCUUCGGGUUGUGGCUGAAGCCUCUUGACUGGCUGACGUCUUUCGCCAGGAUGGAGACCGAGGCCUUCCAUCAGACUGAGGCCCACGCGCUGCGCCAGGCUGGCGGCCUUCGUCAGACGACAGGCCGGCGCCCUUCGGCGGACGUCGUGGGCCAGGCUGAGGCCCUUCGUCAGGGUCAGGCGACGUCUCUCGUCAGGCUGACGCCUUUCGUCAGACUGAAGCGCUUCGCCUGGCCGACAUUCCUCGCUGGGCCAAGACUCACGCCUUUGGUCAGGUUGAUGGCUUGCUUCAGCAUGGCGCCGUUGGUUCGUCAGGCUGAUGCACUGACCAGCCAGGUGACGCCCCUCGCCAGACCGGCGCACUGCUUCGCCAGGCGUCUGCCUUGCGUCGGAAGCGGAACAGGCUGCGCGGGGCCUUUCUUCGGGCUGCGGAUGUCUUUCCUUCGUGAGAUUGAUUCUGCCCCUUCGUCGGACUGACGUUUUUCGCCAGACUGACCGCGUUCGUCGGACUGACGUCCUUCGUCGAAGGUCUUCGCUAUCCUCGUCGAGGUAGGGCUUCUCGCCAUAGGUCGGGCGGCAGUUUUUCUGGCUGAGGUCGUUCGUCAGAUGUCUGCCGUCGCGGGUCUCUUGUCUUGUCGGAGGUCUUUGGUCCACGGGUCGUCUCUGGUCGUCCAAAGGUCGCCUGUGGUCCAAGGGUCGCCUGUGGUCCAAAGGUCGUCUUACUUUGGUCCAAAGGUCGCCUUAUUUUGGUCCAGCGGUCGCGUUAAUUGGUCCAGCGGUCGGCUUACUUUGGUCCAGAGGUCGCCAUAAAAGGUCGCCUGUGGUCUGCAGGUCGUCUGUGGUCCAGAGGUUGCCUCUGGUCUGAGGGUCGUCUUUGGUCCAAAGGUCGGCUUUGGUCCAGAGGUCUGCCGUGGUCCAAAGGUCGUCUUUGGUCCAAAGGUCGUCUCUGGUCCAAAGGUCGCCCUUGGUCCACAGGUCGCGUCUGGUCCAAAAAAACGCCUCUGGUCCACAGAUCGUCUUUGGCCCACAGGUCGUCUUUGGUCCAAAGAUCGUCUCUGGUCCAAGGAUCGCCUUCGGUCCAAAGAUCGUCUGACUUUGGUCCAAAGGUCGCCUUAUUUUGGUCCAGAGGUCGCCUCACUUUGGUCCAGAGGUCGCCUUACUUUGGUCCAGAGGUCGCCGCACUUUGGUCCAGGGGUCGCCUUACUUUGGUCCAAAGGUCGUCUUACUUUGGUCCAAAGGCCGCCGCACUUUGGUCCAAAGGUCGCCUUACUUUGGUCCAGCGGUCGUCUGGUGUGGUCCAAAGGUCGCCCGUGGUCCAAAGGUCGCCGGUGGAUGUGGUCCAAAGGUUAAGGUCGCCUGUGGUCCAAAGGUCGCCGGGCCGGUGGUCCAAAGGUCGCCUUUGGUCCAAAGGUCGUCUUGGGUCCAGCAAUAGCAAAGGUUGUCUUGGGUCCAUUGGUCGUCUUGGGUCCAGGGGUCGUCUUGGGUCCAGGGGUCGUCUCUGGUCCAAAGGUCGCCUUUGGUCCAGAGAUCGCCGCUGGUCCAGCGAUCGUCUUUGGCCCCAUGAUCGCCUUUGGUCCCAAGAUCGUCUCUGGUAGGUCCAACGAUCGCCUUUGGUCCAAAGAUCGGACCAAAGAUUGCACUCAGUCUGAAGGUCGCCUUCGGUCCAAAGAUCGCCAUUGGUCCAUAGGUCGGGGGUCCGGGUGUCUUUGGUCGAAGGUCUUUCUUCGGCUGUUUCUCUUUGGACUUCUCUCGCCAGCUUGCGCCCCUACCCCCGUCGGGCAUUUUUCUGGCUUCUUUUCUGGUAGUCUGCCACGGGGCCGCAACGUGAACUCCAACAAGAAAACGGCCGGAGGCUAUCGGGCUUAGGAGUGAGGGGAAAGGGCAGGAGGCUAUGGGCAAUAGCUUCGCGGCAGGAGGUGACUAGUCUCCGGUUGGUUAGGUGGGGAGUUUUAUGGCGGCGGAGAUUAAUAAUAUCGAUUAAUAUUGUAGAUUAUUUUUUUGUUAUGUUUUUUAUCUAUCAACUUAUAAGAAUUUGCAUUUCGUAACAAAUCUUCUUAUGCUUAGACUAAAAAGUCUCAUACAUACUAAAACGCAUGUUCAUGUGAAGGGUGCAGGUAGCAUUGGGUUUCGUUUCCGGUGGUGCCGGCUGCGCAGUCUCGGGAUUUGUGACGAAUCCGUGCGACGUGGUGAAAAUUCGGAAUCAUCAGUAUGGAGGGGAAAAGUAUGGAAACUUUUUUCGUACUUUUCGGACAGUGUUCGUGGAAGAGGGUGUCGCUGGCUUGCUCAAAGGUGUUUCGGCGACUGUCCUGAGAGAGAGCACAUACAGUUAAGAAGAAAAACAAAGAUAUGAAUCUAUCUGCUAGUUUGUAAGCCUAGAUGUAUCGGCCCUGAGUGUUCUAUCGAGUGCUUUAGGUUUACAGGACAUGAACGCGCGGCAUACAAAUACGGGCGGACUGUCGGGCUCAAUAUCGGAUCUGAGAUUCUAUAGAAGCGGCUCCGUGACAUGAUAUAUCUUGCUAGAGGAUAGCAAGACAAACUGAAGAGGACGUUUUGAUAUAAUUGAACAGAAUAGCUAGCCCUUCUGAUGCAUGUGAAAAACUACCUCCUCUUCUAAUGGUGCAGUGUUCGCAUGGGCCUCUACGAACCUAUUCGUGACACAAUUUCCUUAGCGGUGACAGCAACACACGCAAGCGGAGGCCAAGGUACUAGCCAAGUGCUUUUUCUGUCCAUAACCUCCGUUGCUUUUUUUGUGGUGCAAACUACUCUCCCGUCUAGGAGGCUUGGACGCUCAGAAACAUUUCGCAACAUUUUUGCGGAGUAAUUUGGCCGGAAACGGCUCCCACGCUCUCCAAGGAAGUCCAAUCGUGGCCGGUGCAGCUGCAAGAUGGUGCAGGGAAGAAAAACAAAGGGCGCGCGCCUCCAUUUGGAGGCGGUUAGAUCUGCGCGACAUUUUUGCGGAGUAAUUUGGCCGGAAACGGCUCCCACGCUCUCCAAGGAAGUCCAAUCGUGGCCGGUGCAGCUGCAAGAUGGUGCAGGGAAGAAAAACAAAGGGCGCGCGCCUCCAUUUGGAGGCGGUUAGAUCUGCGCGACAUUUUUGCGGAGUAAUUUGGCCGGAAACGGCUCCCACGCUCUCCAAGGAAGUCCAAUCGUGGCCGGUGCAGCUGCAAGAUGGUGCAGGGAAGAAAAACAAAGGGCGCGCGCCUUCAUUUGGAGGCGGUUAGAUCUGAAGUCGUCGCACACAGGGUGGAGCCUGAUCCGAAUCACACCGCCAACAUCAAGCGCGCGCCGGUCGGUUCUUCGUGAACUGCAUGCUUCAGCGUGUUGCCAUCACUCGCAAAAUUUUAGAAAGUGGCGAGCCUUCGCGGCUUCCGUCUGUUGUCUCCUCGAGACGUCGGGCGCUACGUGAUGCGGCGGCAAAAUCUGACGACUGCGAUGGUGAUGCAUGGCUAAGCCGUGCCGCAAUCCAAUCCGGCGACCGGACUGAGCGCAAAGGGGACGAAGGAUGUGCCUGCUGGGUCGGGUACUGAUCUGAUGGCUUCAAUCAAAGCAGAGGCGGCAAGCAUGAAAGACCUGAAGCAUGGACAGGAGAGGGCCGGGCAUUCUCCAGGGGCGCGCAACUGCGCCGCAGUAGAACGCAAGCGAGACAGCGAGAGGGCCACCCAACGGCUGACCCAAGAAGAAGCGCCCGCGCAGCGAACAGCUGCGGCGAGUUAGGACACUGGGCCGGCGAGUCGUCUCCGUUUUCGUCUCUUUGGAGUCCAGGGAGAGCGGCUGCUUGGCAUUGGCUCUGGAGUUUGCUGCCGUUUCUCGGUCUUUUUUGCGCUUUUCUUGCUCUUGCCUGCGCUGUGUCUUGCUGCUUUCGUCUUUGUGUCGUGCUUCCGGUUUCGUAGCUAGGCGGCGUGCUCUAGGACUUUGCGUCUCGCUCUUGUCGUAUUUGUCGUCCUUUUCCGCUUUGGCUUUUGCUUUGGUUUUCGCCUUUCGUCAUUGUUUCUCCAUAUUAUCGACCUACUUUGGAGCUAGAACAGUUGCAAAGCAAAAGUUGGAAUUUCUUUACUCUUUUCUUCUGCAGACCGGAACCAAUAGUAAUCUGCCUCACAUCUUCUCAAAUAUCAUUAUCACACUGGUUGAUAAAAUACUUACAACUGAAGAUACUUCUCCGUCUUUGCAGUUCCAUAUCUACAUCUACCUUAUACAUAGGACAGACGAAAAGAACCGGUCAAUUUUCUCUCGUACAAAUUCUUCCUUCAUGACUUUUGGAACAGAUGAAAAGUAAAAAUUUCGCUUCUCAACAGGUGGCUCAUCAUCUUCCAAAACGACAGCGAGCGCGUCGCCUGUUGUUAAAUAUGGGUCAGCUUUUAUGUCAGGGGCUGUCGGUUCCGCGAUGUUCACGCCUGUGGACUUGGUCAAAAUUCGCUUCCAAUCACAAAGAUUAAGGGGUUGACCUUGACCUAUGUAAAGUAGAGCAUAUGCUAUCCGUGUCUUAGAAAUACUUUCAGAUGACCUGACUUACGUUUAUCUAAGAAAGGCCAUAUGCUAAGUGUAUGUCCUUAUGAAUAUUUCAAUGACACAUCGACUCGUCCUGCGCGUGGCUGGUAUAUGCCCAUUAGGGACGCACUUGAAUGGAAUGGAAGAGGACUCAUAUGCCGCGAGAUAGAUAGGUCAACGUUCAACCGGAAACCUUUAUAAAAACCCACUGACCCGCUACCGUACAAUGGGAGCCUGCCGCGUGCGUUUUAUGAGAUACUACGGCAACAACUCAGUGUACGUAGCAGUGAAACUAAGUAUGUGUAGUUUACUAAAAAGCCAGCACCAUGAGUAUAAGUGGAUGCUACUCUUGAAGAAGUAGAACUGCUGCUGAUGUCUUCUUGAAGAAGUAUGUACUAGAAAUCAAGCCGACAUGCCAUUCUUUUUCAUUUCUCGGCAAGGAGAAGGGCAUCAAGGGACUUUGGCGGGGUGUGACCGCGACCACGAUUAGGGCAGCUAUUCUCACGAGCUCGCAGAUUGGCACGUACGAUGUCGUGAAGAACGACUUGUUGGUCCAAAAACUAGCAAUGAGGAAGGAAGAUCGGACGACGCAUUUCGCGGCUUCUCUCAUUUUAUGUCUACUUUGCGUAAAGCACAUAGAGACAAACAACCGGUUCUUUUUCCCUCAUAAAUCCUAGAUUCGUCCCUCGAGGACGAGCCCAUGACUUAGCACAUGACGAAGCCCUAAUAAGUGAGUAGUUAUUUUUAGCACUUGAUGUUGCACUAUCAGGAGUCUUUCUGUUAUUCGAGGUUCAGACAAUCUUCAACACAAGACGGAGGACGCUAAAAAAUUAGCGUCAUGAGUGGAUUGCCAAGUUUGACACAGAAAAUGACAGGUUUCUUUUCAUGUUCAUGUUGAAGUACACUGUUUAUCCCUCCUCACGUUUGAUGACUUCCAGUUUGACCAUACUAGCGAUCUUCUACCGAGAAAUAGAAAUCACAAGUUCUCGUUUUCUUCUAAGGAGCACAAGUGUGGUAGCGACGACGUGUAGCAAUCCUGUGGAUAUCAUCAAGACAAUGGUGAUGAACGACCCAGAAGGGAAAUUGAGUACCUUCCAACACUUAAGGCACCCAAGCGACCAUCCACAGCAUGAUCACCUUGGCGAGCUCUCUUUCAAUGGGUAAAAAAAGUCAGCAUUAGUUGUAUCCUUGGCGGGCUCUUUUUCAAUGGGGAAAAAGAAGUAUCCGCCAAGGAUAUGACUCGUCUCAGGGACCCGAUAUUGCGCCCCUAUGGCAGUCUGCACUGAACUUGGUGCGAGAUUCAUUGUACUAAAUUGCAAGUAUCCUCGUCCAAGGAUAUUAUCAUUAUCGUACCAAGGAUAUUAUCAUUGUCAAUGAUUUUACAAGAUUAUCGACCCUUAUUAUGAACAUGUUGCGACGCGGUAGGGCUUUAAAAUGUGCGGUAAGACUCUGGCAGACGUCGGGUCCUUGCGGGUUUCUUCGAGGGUGGAUGGCGUCCUAUUCGCGGCUUGGGCCCCAUACCAUUAUCUCCUUUGUUCUUAUCGAACGCAUACGCAUUUUGAUGGGAUUGAAAACCGUCUAGUGUUUAUUGUAGUUGCAUUAGGUAGUAAGUUCUAGGGGCAACGAGGUACUCCUAGUACAAGUACAACUUGGCACUAACUAGAAGGGGUAAAGCCAAAGUUGUACUAGGUACUUUUGGAGGGAAAGCCAAUGACAACAAGGAGGACAGAACGCACAAGUACACUUUUUGAUAGGCGGUUGAAAAGAACCUCUGUGUAGUAAAAAAAAUUAUUUUGUUAUUAUCGCUUAUCGGCGGACAAGUAAAUCCUAUACUUGUUACAACUUGAAUGGAGGACGUUGCGUAGGUGUAGCAAACACAAGCAAGGAUACAAAGACUACACUUUCAGAUGUAGAAUCGAAUACU